GGGUGAGGUCAUGUGACAUCACAGCAGCUGCUAGCCUAAGAAUUUCUGUUUUCUCACUUUGAGAGUGAGAGGCAGAACAAGGAGGGGAGAGAUAGGCAGCGUGUGUGGCGUGUUGCUUUGUUAGAUAAGCUCCAAACGGUCUUUGUGAGCACGAGAGAGAGGAAGGCAGGGCGGACAGCCAAGCAGGAGAUAGAAGGAGAGCCAGGCAGAGAGCAGGACCAUGGUGCGUGUCCCUACCGCCGCGUCUGCCGCUCUGAGCUGCGCCCGGUUCAACUACAACAGGCUGUGUGGGGGACAGAGCCGGCUCUUCUCCUUUGUGCAGCAUGAGCCAUGAGCCAAAGUCACCAUCAUUAGGAAUGAUCUCCACAGCGACCCGAACCACGGCGACGGUCAGUCCCCUCACCCCGUCGCCGCUCAAUGGCUCCAUCGUAGCCAAUGGAAGUCCAGCCACACAGUCAACGCAUUCUGGGUUUGCUGCAGCCCUCCGUAAACUGGCGAAACAGGCAGAGGAACCUCGAGCUGCGUCCUCCAUCAGCAGUGAGUCCUCACCAGUGUCGUCCCCAGCCACCAACCACAGCUCUCCAGUCAGUACGCCCAAGAGGGGCCCCCUUGGUCCAGGCCCAGUGCUGGUGCCCUCUGUUGGUCACAGUGUGCCAAACACUCCACCUGUUGUCACCAUUGCUCCAACUAAAACUAGCAACGGCCUCUGGAGAAGUGAAAGUCGCCAGGCUGAGUCUGGGCCUCGUGGGGUGAGCAGAGAACGCCUGGGUCCAGAGGCAGCCCUUCCCCAAGAAAAGACUGGCCACCCUGUCACAGCACAUCUUAUAGGAAACCCGUAUGCCUUUGGACUGCCUCCUGGUGCGGUCAUGCAGGAUUCACGUUUCCAGCCCCUCAACUUGCCCCGACAGUUGCCUAAUGCCGUGCCCCCUGGACCUGUGCCUGAAGAGUACCUCCGUGGUUUCCGACCCUAUGGAACAGCUGAAGAUCCUCUCCGCAUGCCCUCAUUGCCCUUGGGUCUGGACCCAGCCACUGCUGCUGCAGCAGCGGCCUACUAUCACCCCAGCUACUUGCCGCACCCCUCCUUUACACCGUAUAGGAUGGAAGAGCAGUUUUGCCUCUCUGCUUUGAGGUCACCUUUCUAUCCACUGCCAGCUGGGGGAGCAUUACCACCGAUCCAUCCCUCUGCUGUACACAUGCAUCUAUCUGGUGUCCGCUACCCUGGAGACUUCACGCAUUCGUCGCUAUCAGCACUGCAGUCUGAGAGGCUUCAGCUUGAAGAUGAGCUGCGGCAAAGAGAGAGGGAACGCGAGCGCGAACGUGAAAAAGAGAAAGAACGGGAAGCGGAAAGGGAAAAGGAGAGAGAGAGAGAGCGAGAAAGAGAGAGGGAGAGAGAGAGGGAGCGAGAGCGGGAGAGGGAGCGAGAAAAGGAGCUGGAGAGAGAACGAGAAAGAGAGCGGGAACGAGAGAAAGAAAGAGAGAGAGAGAAGGAGCUGGAGAGGCAGAAAGAGAGAACACUGAGGGAAAAGGAACUGCAAGCAUCUAAAGUCUUGGAGAGUCACUAUGUAGUUGAUUUCCAUGGCCUGAGGGGGCAAGAAGACCGAACUAAGCCUGAAAGACUUACUCCAAAUCGGGCUGAUAAAACCAAAGAGCCCGCCCUCCCUGCACCCAAACCAGUACCACCUGGACUCCACUCCAUGGUUCCUCCUCAUCAUUCUCUUCCUCACCUUUACAUGGGUCCCAGCACUGUUGGGGCAGGAGUUUUGUCUACCAUGAUUACUCCAAGGAACAAUGAGGAAGAAAGGUGGUUGGCACGCCAACGUAAGCUACGGCAAGAAAAGGAGGAUCGUCAGUACCAGGUGUCUGAAUUCCGCCAGCAGGUUCUGGAGCAGCACCUGGAUCUGAGCCGCACCGCAGACUCAGAUCACAGAGCAGAUCCACAGAGAUCCGUACCAAAUCACCAUGAACCAGGAAGCCGGGAUCUCCACGCUCACUUAGGUGCCCCUCCGCCUCUCAUUUCUCCCAAACCCCCUCUGUUCCAGCGUGAGCACCAUCCUCCACCUCCCACCACACUGUGGAACCCUGCAUCACUCAUAGAAACCUCAUCAGAGUCCAGGCGUAACCAUGAUCCCUCAGGGAUGGGACACUAUGAACGGCUGCCUUCAGGGCACUCAAAAUAUGAGGACACCAGCCGCAGAAGAGAGGGGGGUGUAAUGGAGAAGUAUCCCCCAUUGAGGUGUCCUCCUGGCUCAGAGCCUAGCACAUUCCUUGCUGAUUUAGAGAAAUCCACACAGUCCUUUUUUAACCAGCAGAGGGCAUCAUUGUCUCUGGCAAGCCAGUAUGAUUUGGAAGGAGCCAUCAAAAACAAAAAUAUUCAGGGCCACAGUAGACUGGGUCAGACCAUUGGAAUCAUCUCUGGCUCAGCUGUGGCACAGGUAGCAUCUGUCGGGAUAAGCCCAGAUAUGACACUUAUCUAUGAUGAGUUCCUUCAACAGCAUCGAAGACCAGUCAGCAAACUAGACCUAGAAGAGAAGAGAAGAAGGGAGGCUAGGGAGAAAGGUUACUACUAUGACCUGGAUGAUUCAUAUGAUGAGAGUGAUGAGGAGGAGGUCCGAGCUCAUCUCCGCAGAGUGGCGGAGCAGCCGCCUCUCAAACUGGAUGAUUCCAAUGAGAAAUUGGGCUUCUUGGGAGUGGUUGGGCUGACUACAGUGAUCCACAGGGAAGAGGUUGUACAGCAGAAGAGAAGGAAGCGAAGGCGAAUGCUGAGAGAGCGCAGUCCUUCACCUGUGUCACAGCUCAAACGCACCCCCCCUCCUCCGCAGCUCAGCACCCGCUUCACGCCAGAGGAGAUGGACCAGGCGCCAGAGCUAGAGGACAAGAAGAGAUUUCUCAAUAUGUUCAGGCUAUCACAUGUGACUGUGCAACAGCGGCUAGAUAAUGAAAGGGUGACAGAGCUCCUUCAGGCUAUUAAAGAAAAGAGCAUAACGUUGGAUAACAUCAGACAUGCUUCUCAUCCACUCUGCAAAAGCCCUUCAACGCAGAUCUCUGACUCCCAGACUCCCUCUGAGUCAGAAGAGCACGUCAUUGUCAGGCCACAUAGUCCCACCUUACAUUGCCCAGCAUCCCCCAGUGGUUAUUCCAAACCUCAUGGCGACACAUUAAGACCAAAGGAACCCCCAUCCUCAGCUGUCUACCCAGACAAGUCCCGGGGGUCUGGUGAGGGACACAUCGCUAAGAAGAACUCUAGUCUGUUGCACAGCUUGCGGCCCCCUCUACCCCUGCAGGCUAAAGAAGGCCUUCACAGCAUCAACGGUCGCACCAAGCCCUGGGACAGUUUCACGCCUGAAGAAUUUGCCCAACAGUUUCACGAAUCAGUGCUUCAGUCAACACAGAAGGCUCUGCAGAAGCAUAAAGGUACUGGCUCAGGUUCAACAGAGUCAUCCCAUCUCCUGGAGACAUCAGUCCAUUAUAACAUUCCUGAGCUGCAGAGCACACCAGGACGACCAGCACAAUCUCACACAAACUCCAUUUCCCGUGCUGUCACACACUCUCAACAAAAUGGGCAACACUUCUCUGGAACAAUACACCGGGAAACCUCAGGGAGAAGGGAGGACAUGUCUGGUCCAGAGGAUUCAGAGGAAGAUGAAGAUGAUGAAGAGGAGCCACCUACAUCUAGGUGGCAGGGGAUAGAGUCUAUAUUUGAAGCAUAUCAGGAAUAUGCUGAAGAGCAAAAUUUGGAGCGUCAAGUAUUGGAAAAUCAGUGUCGGAGAUUAGAAGCUCAAAACUACAACUUGAGUCUCACUGCUGAGCAGUUGUCCCACAGUAUGGGGGAGCUUGUGUCUCAGAGACAGAGGCUAGCAGCAGAAAGGGAGAAGCUGCAAGCAGAAUUGGAACAUUUCAGAAAGUGUUUGACACUACCACAGACACAAUGGCCCAGAGGCAGCCAUUACAAGGGUUACCUUCCCAGGUGACCCCCACAAGUGCCCAGGCCCUUGCCGCCUCCACUUUGAGACUCAGAGUUUAUUUUUAUUGACUUGGUAAAUGUGGCGUCCUGGAAGAGAUUGUUGAUUUGAUUAUAUGAAUGAUUCAAUGUAUAAGCGAGGCCAUACACUGAAGGACAGUCUCUGAUUUGUGGCCUGGUUGGACUUUUGCCACGAGCCACACAAAUGUGUGCCAAUGUAGCCAAUCAUAAAUGUAGGGGUAGGAGUGCCUAAAGAACAACAUCCUUCAAGUCCAUGUAGUUGAGGCACCUUUGCUUGGCCAGCCCCUUGGUUGGCCAGCCCCUUGUUGCCACGCUUCACAGACAAUCCUGCCAAUGAGGGAGCAGCUACUCCACAAUGGGUGUGUUCAAGAAACUCAAACACAAUAAACAAAUGCUUCUGGCCCAUUGGAGCCAACUUCAUCAUAGUGGCCAUUUGAGCUUUUGAACUGGAAAUGCACUUAAAAUGAAAAGCUGAAGAACUACCUGGUGGUACUGCGUUACAAGAACUCUUGAAACUAGGGAAGAAUUUAAAAACUGCACAUUUUUGAAAGACUUAAUGAAAAUGUUUUAUUUGAAAAGAUAAAAUUUGAAAAUAAGAAUUUUAAAAGGUGCUUGAGCCUUGACAUGUAUAUAAUAUGAAGAAAGAAUUUUGUAUGUUUUUAUUAUUACUUUAAUCCUUGUUUUAAAAGAAAAAGCCUGCCAUUUUUAUAUGUUUAUGCUUUUGGGUUAAAAAGAAAGCCUUGCUUUUAGUGUUUAUACUGCUGCUGGCCAGAACAGCUGAUUUUAGAUUUUAAACAGAGUGAGAGGAAACAGGAUCUUCUGCUUGUUUUACUCGUUUCACGACCACAGCCACAGACACUUCAUCUGGUCCCAAGUUGAGCAAAGCUCAACCUCACUCAGAGGCUUCAAGUUAUGGCUCCUGUCUUUUGCCUUUGUUUACAGCAGCAUGUCUGUCAAAUGUCUAUCACAUUUAGAUUGUUUACUUGACUUAAAAAUCAGACAUGAAGAGAAUCCAGCUGACAACCCCACUAUUUAUACAUUUAUUUUCAACAGUUCUGGACAUAUGAAACAAUAUAGCAAUUGUUGUUAUGCCUUACUAGAUCAUGUUCUUAUCACCAGCCAUGUGCCAAAUUAUGUCUUUAAUUUGUGGUUAGGUAGCCAAAAAUACCCAGAAUUGCCAUCUUAUAGUACUAAAACAAAUCCAUAUCAUUCCUUGAUUUUUAAUCUGUUCUGUUGUUUUAUAGCACACAGAAAUCAGUGGUCUCUUUAUCAACAACUGUAGGGGGUAAAAAACAUAUUAAAGUAAAGCUGUAUUGAAGAGUUGCAACAAACACACAAGGAAUUUUGCAUGCAAGAUGCACUGAUUAAGGUUAAUGUAGGGUAUGCUGUAGUUGAUAUUAAAUGAGAAAAUGACACAGACUGUAGUCCAAAUACCCAACACAAAGAAUACAAUAGUCUCAAGUGCCUCCAGAAUUUAGGAGCUUGUGAAGGUGUUUGCUUUUAUCACUGCUGUGGUCAUCAGGGACUCAAUUUGUUGUUCUGUGUUAUACAGUAUACUCCACAUGUGUCCAUUGUUCUCUCACAUCCUCCAUUUGUGUGCAUUUUAAACUGUCAACAAAUUCUACAUUUUCAAUCACAAGAAUAUAGCCAAUAUUAUCAAUUGGUCUAUGUAGUUACAUGCAUGCAAGACAUAAGCUGCCAAGAUGAGGAAAAUGUCCUUUAGGAGCCUAACUAUAUCUCCAGUCCAUGCACACCAUGCAAUAGCCCCAUGAUUCAGCGGAGGAUGUCUAGAUGCUGUGAAAUCCUGUUUUGAAAUGUACUUGUUUGAAUUCAUUGUAAUGUAAUAUAUUCUUUGUUGAAUGUAGUAAUUAGGUAUUUAUGAAUAUAUGACUGUGAUUUCAGACAAAAAAUAAAAUAUUUAAAAAAUGUG